AUGUCCUCAAGCACAACUUCAUCCUCAGAGCAGUUAUUACCACCAUCAACAUCAUCUUUGACAUCAACAUCAGCAACAACAACAUCAUUAUCCACAAUCAGUUGUGAAUCUUGUCGACAUUCCCAUAAGAAAUGCGAUAGACAACUUCCUUCGUGUACUAAAUGUUCAAAGAAGGGAAUUGAAUGUAAUUAUUCGGAGCCUAAAAAGAGAGGAAAAGCCUCAGAUGCCUAUAAAAAGAAUAAGAAACAAAAAACUGAUUUUCCUCAUCAGAAUCAAAUUGCACAAUCAUCACAUGAAGAUUUAAUUCAACAAGUGAGUGAAUUUUACUUUACAUUUGUGUGUUCGGGAUAUCCUGUGCUUGAUAAGACGAAAUUGGAAUAUUUCACGAAUGAAUAUUUGACCAAGUUUGAGAAUGGAGAACAUGUUGAAUUGAUUGCUAAUGAUUUUAUUCAUUCAGAGGAGGAAUUACAAUUGCUCUAUGUUUUAUUCUUGUCAAUGAAGGCAAUUUAUUAUCAAUUUCAUUAUGAAUUGGAUAUUGCUGAAGAAAUUAUGAAGAAAUGUGAAAAGUUGCUGGGACAAUAUUUAACACAAUCAUUCAAUUUCUAUAUUUAUGCAUCUUGUCAGUUGGUUGCUGUUUAUUAUAGUGGUAUUGGUGAUUUGUCAAGGCUUAAAUUUUAUGAAACUUUGGUGAAUUUUUAUUUAAAUCAUUUGACAGGAAAUACUUUUGACUUGUAUGAAAAGAAUUUGGAAAGAAGAGCUGCUUUUGUUUCUGGUAUCACUAAUGAUAUGGCAACUGAUGGUGUUUCAUCAUUUAUUGAAAGAGUUCCAAAGAUUUUCCAAGUCACAGUGGAUCAAAAGCUAGACAAUAUUUUACUUCCUGGAACUUUGGAGUAUAUUCGUACAGCACCUGCCACUACUCAAAACUAUGCCUUCUUCAGACAGGUGUUAGAGUUUGUGUUUAAAGUAAUUGGUCAAUUCAGAGCUGAAUAUUGUUCCAGGUUGACAUUUUGCAACACAGAAACAGCAUUGAAAUUUGCACAAGUUAAUAGACAUUUGAUUUAUUGUGGAUUUCAUAUGCAAUAUCUCACAAGAAUGCCAAGUAUGGCAAAUGAAUUGGAAGAAUUGGCUCUCAAAGUUUCUUGCAUUACAGAAUCCGAAUACUUCAGGUAUUGCUCUGCUGAAAUGAUUGGUUGUGUAAAAACAGCUGCUGAAAUACAUUUGCGUAUCUGUAAACAAAUUGAGAAUGGAAGCAGAAGAAAUAAUGCACCUCUCAUAACAACAACAGGAAAAUCAUUGAAUAUUGAUUAUUACGCGAUAUUGGAAAAGGAUUUGAAUGCACUUACAUGUAUGGAAAAGAAAUUCAAACGAGUUAGUAUGGUGUGUGGAACUUUAAUUCAGGAAAUUAGAAUUACAUUACAAAAUCAUUACAAUAUGCAAGUCAAUACUUUAAAUCUUGCCACUGCACAAGCUCUUCGAUUACCUACCAUCAUUGCCCAACAACAGCAACAUCAACAACAUCAGCAGCAACACACCUCUCCACAAAGUUCGCACGAGGGUGAUGAUAAAUGGAUGUCCCUUAUUAAAUAUUUGGAAGCAAUUAAGGAGAGAAUUGGAAAUCAACCUUCUGAAGAACCAGAAGAGACCGAUGAUGAUGCCUUCUUAGAUUUUGAUUCACUUACCAAUUAG